ACAACCGGAAAUGAAAUUCACACUGAGAGAAGAAGAAGAAGUUUCGAGCGAGUGAGGGGCAAAACAAGACGGGGAGAUUUAACAUUGCCAACAAACAUUGAAACCAGUUUUAACUGAAAUAUUCUUAAUGACAGUCGUGCGCACAUAAACAGCGGCAAAGAUUAACUGUGUAGCAAACUGUUCACGUAACUUGUCUGCUGGCUAGAUAGAGUUAGCUGACGUUAGCCGACCUGUUCGCCGGUGUGAAGCCUCAGCAUGUCGGUGCACUUCGAGGAGAGGAGCGGUGUCGUCCCCUGUAAGACACCCUGGGGCUCCUGGUACCAGACCAUGGAGGAGGUGUUCAUCGAAGUCGAUGUGCCUCAUGGGACCUCUGCGAAAGAGGUCAGGUGCCAUUUGGGAUCUAGAGACAUCGAGCUGCGCGUCAAAGGGCAGGAAAUAUUCAAGGGAAAGUUGUUUGGCACAACCGUGUCUGAUGAGGCCACAUGGACACUAGAGGAUAAGUGUCUCAUCCGGAUCAUUCUGAUGAAGGCCAACAGAGAGGCGGGGAACUGCUGGUCCUCGCUGCUGGAGGGGGAGUACUGUGCAAAUGCCUGGGUUCAGGACCAGAUGCAGAGAAAGCUCACACUGGAGAGGUUCCAGCGAGAGAAUCCUGGAUUUGACUUCAGCGGUGCCGAGAUCUCCGGGAAUUUUGCUGGCGGUGGUCCUGACUUUUCCAGUUUACAGAAGUGACUGUUGCUAUGAUGAGGAAAAGAAAAGCUCUCGAGAUGUCACUUCUGUCUAACAAUGUUGAGAACGUCUAUGGCACGGCAGCAGAACAGUGGAUCGGUCAGACUGUCAGCAAGGAGAAGCCAAAAGAUUUGCCUUCAGAACUCUUGAACUUGACUCUUGGGUGGUCUACAAGACAUUAUUGUUCAAGAGACAUAAUUUGUUAAACACAGCCAGCCCUUUCUUUCAUCUGCCAUUCCUUGGCUGUGUAGAACUUUAAGCCAGAUUUGGCAAGUUACAUGGCCCGUUAUACAGGCUGAACAAUAGUUGAUUGGGAAUGUUUAAUUUGUUUUUAAAAAGCCUUUGAGAGUGAUGUCUUUUAGUAAUGAAACAAAUGCAUACAGCAAUAGCUUUUCAAUAAAGUUUUAUUGAAAGGUACAAGUGGUAGGUUAGGUUAA